AUGGACUUAGAAUUUCCUGAUAAAUGGAAUAAAAAUGUAGCUUAUUAUUUUGAUGAAUCUAUUGGAUGUUUUAACUAUGCUUAAUGUCAUCCAAUGAAGCCUUUAAGAGUUGCAAUGACAGAUACAUUAAUAAAAUCAUAUAAUUUGGAUUAAUAAAUGAACCAUUAUGAUCGUGAUUAUGUAAAUUAAUAUAUAAGAGAAGUUAAUGAAAAAAUGCUAACCAAUUUCCAUUCAGAUGAAUAUAUAAAUUUAAUUAAAAAUGUGACUCCUUUCAAUAAAAAUGAUUAUGAAGAUUAAUUAUAUAGAUUUAAUUUUGGUGAUGAUUGUCCUGUUUUAGAUAGACUUUAUGAUUAUUGUCUUACAUAUUCAGCAGGAUCUAUAGCUGGAGCAAAUCUAUUAGCAAAUAAAAAAGUCGAUAUCGCAAUCAAUUGGUCCGGAGGAUUACAUCAUGCCAAACAAUCCGAAGCUUCCGGAUUUUGUUAUAUAAAUGAUUGUGUAUUAGCAAUAUUAGAAUUAUUAAAAGUUUAUUAACGUGUAUUAUAUAUAGAUAUUGAUAUUCAUCAUGGAGACGGGGUUGAAGAGGCUUUUUAUUUAACAGAUAGAGUAAUGACAUGUUCAUUUCAUAAAUAUAAAGAUUAUUUUCCAGGAACAGGUCAUAUAGAAGAUAUUGGAUUUUAAAAAGGAAAAUAUUACGCGGUUAAUUUUCCUUUGAAUGAAGGAUUAGAUGAUGAAUAAUUUAUUUAUAUUUUUAAACCGGUUCUUACUUAAAUUAUGAAUUAAUAUAGACCAGAAGCCGUUGUUCUUUAAUGUGGGGCUGAUAGUCUUUCUGGAGACAGGUUAGGGUGUUUUAAUUUAUCUAUUAAAGGACAUGGAGAAUGUACAAGAUUUAUGAAAAGCUUUGGAGUUCCAUUAAUGCUUUUGGGAGGAGGUGGAUAUACUUUGAGAAAUGUACCGAGAUGUUGGGUUUAUGAAACUUCAAUAGCAGUAAAUUAGGAAAUUUAAGAUGAAAUGCCUGAAAAUGAUUAUUUACAUUAUUUUGGACCAGAAUAUAAAUUACAUAUGCCUAUUAGUAAUAUGGAAAAUUUAAAUAUGAAAUAAUAUUUAGAUUAAACUAUUGAAUAAAUACUAAAAAACUUAAAAAAUAUUAAUCCUGGAACAAUUAAUAUAAGCAAUUAUAAUGAAUAAUUAAACAACGCAAAUUUACUUAUUGACGCUACUGAAAUUAUAUCUUAAAUUAAUGAUUAAAAAGAUGCAAAGAGAUAUACUUUAUUAUGACAUAUUUAAUUUAAAAAUACAUAUUUUAAAAUAAAAUAAAUAUAAAAUUAUUAAUAUAAAUAUAUUUACAUAAUUAAUAUAAAAAUAAAAUAAAUUC